GGUUUGCAUACUCCGCGGCCGAAGAAAGCCUCAUGGAGCUACAGAGCAAGGAAGAGUACGAGUCGUGUGACCUGAGCAACCCUAUUAGGAUGUACGUGAAUGGCCUUGACAAAGUGAGUCUCGAUGGAGAAGGCACACGUUACUUCAGUAGCGGUAAGCUGGAGAACUGCAGGAAGGGACUCAAAUUGCAUGUGGACGUGAUGCCCGGGGAUGUGAUGUCAGAUGGAGUCGCGGCUUCAGCACCUGAAUCCUCCGCCCCCAUCCAUCUCAAAGCAACUUAUCUGCUGUGGAUUGCUCUGGCCAUCAAUUUAGCCCGCGUAUGGCCUUGAGUCCAUCUUCCAUGUUUCAACAAACGCUGGUGUACUUGUUUGAGAUCUAUGGUGUUGCUUGUGGUGCAUUUCAGCAUUCUCGUCCGUCAGUUUGUUGAUUUGGCUUAAUUUGUUCUUAUUAUAAAAAAAGGAUAUUCUCUGA